AACGUAACUUCCGGGACAAGGAGAAAAAAAAGUGGGCGUGUCUUUAGGUAGAUUCGUCGCACGCGGAUCAAAACCAUUGUGCACAUGUUGCUGUUGAAAAAUGGGAUUAUGGAUCUUUUGAGCAAGUGAAACUACCACAAUGUCAUCCCAGCUUGGACUUCCGGCGCGAGGCUCAAAUAUAACAGUUCUGAUUACCGAAGUAGAUUCAUCUCCCAAUAGUCCGUUAGUUGAGUUUUGGGGAAAGUUGAAUCAGGUCAGGACAUUGGAUCAUCAAUCCCUGUCUCCGGUUAAUUUAUUUCAAGAGUUGGAAGGAAAUCCAGGUGACUUGUGCUUAGUCAAAAUCAACCUUACGUGGUACCGGUGCCGCAUUGUCUCAAGAAAUGGAUCCAACAGCAAAGUGUUCCUCAUUGAUGAGGGGAUCACAUUCAUCACCACUACAAAGUUGCUGGCAUGGGGUAAGCCUGAGCACUUCCACCUGCCACCUGAAGUGGAGCUCUGUGUGCUUGCCAAUGUUUUGCCACUCUCACCUGAAAAUAGAUGGUCCCCAGGUGCAAUAGAAUUCCUGAAAUAUAUUCGAGGAUGGGAAUCGGAGGCACAUGUACAAGAUGUACUGGUUCAGCAAAAAAAGCUUAUUCUGGACAUCCCAUGCAUAUCCAGACAAAUGUAUGAAAUGGGAUUAGCAAAGAAACUGGGUUCCAGAUGGUUUUUGGAUGUCGUCAAAGCUUCAGAUCCCCACAGUAGCGCUAAAAUGUUGCCAGCAGCUCUGCCAAUCCCUAUGGGUGAUUUUGAGCAACUGCAGAAUAAGGAGUUGUACAUGUAUCCACAGCUGCAAGCAGGAGCGGUGGAGACUGUUGUAGUCACUGAAGUGACAAAUCCACAGCGAGUUUUUUGUCAGUUGAAGGUCUUUUCCCAUGAGUUGAGAAAACUCUCAGAGCAAAUCACACAGUGCUGUAUUGGUAGAACGGGCAGUUGCAGUGUAGGUCCUGAAAUGAUUGGUUUUCCAUGUGCUGCCAGAAGAAGUGAUGGCAGGUGGUGCCGUUCUAUUCUACAACAAGUACUCCCAACAAACGAUUUGGUUGAAGUACUAAAUGUUGACCUUGGUACAAAACAAUUUGUUCAAAUGGAGAAUAUAAGGCCAUUGGCUCCAGAGUUCUUUAGAAUGCCAGUUGUGACAUAUCUCUGCUCCCUCCAUGGAAUUAUUGACAGAGGGGUUGGAUGGACAAGCACCCAGAUUGACUACCUCAAGUCCCUACUCUUGCACAAGACACUCAUUGCCAAAUUUGAGUACCAGAGUAUCUCAGAGGGUGUUUACUAUGUUACUCUCUAUGGUGACGAAAAUAAAAACCUCAACAACUUGUUCAGUUCCAAAGAAAGCUCUUUGCACGAGAGUGAAAAAACACUGCACAACUACGCAAUUGGAAACGCAUCAAACAGCAGCCCACAUUCCUUUCAGCUUAAAAACAAUGAAGGAAAACUUCUGCUUUCUGGACAAACCUUGGGGCAUGGGCAGAGAAUGGACACAUUUUCAGUUGAGAACCUCCUUCCCAACUCCUCACACAUGGCAUGGGUGGCUCAUGUCUGUAACCCAUCUGAGUUUUGGAUCCAAACACAAAACCAUGCAAAAGAGCUGGAUAAUUUAAUGGAAAAGAUGCACCAUUUGUACCAACAUUCUGAUAAUAAAGACGUGAUAGAAAACCCUACCGUUGGCACCUACUGUGCAGCUAAAGCAGACGAUGGUGUCUUCUACAGAGCUGUUGUGUCGGAAGUUGGCAAAGCACACAUCAAGGUGUUCUUUGUGGAUUAUGGCGACACCAAAGAGGUUGAUGGGAGAAACAUCAGAACGCUCCCUGACAUUUUUAAGGAACUGCCAAAGCUUGCGUUAAAAUGCGCUUUAGUGGGUGUUUGCCCAAAAGAGCAUACAUGGAGUUGCUUUGCCAUUGAUUAUUUCAGCAAAAUUGCCACUGACAAAAUACUUAAGGUAUACGUGAUGGCAAAACGCGAUGAUACCCAUCUGGUAACACUGACUGAUUCUGAGGCAUCAGGAGAAAAGGAUAUCAGUCAACUGCUGUGUUCUUCUGGCCUCGCUGAACGGGAUGAGAAAUUACCCAAUAUUUCCACGCAGCAUUCAGAAGAAGGAUGCUUGAGUGUUUACAAAAACAGUGUGGCGUCUUCUCAGACACAAAACAUUUUUGAUAUCUCCAACAAAGAGAAACAAAUUGAUAAGUUCAAGGCAUGUAUGUUUCCCAUUGGUAGUGUCCUGGAUGUCAACGUGUCCUACAUCAACAGUCCAAAUGAUUUCUGGUGUCAGCUAGCUCAAAACGCCGUCCACUUGAAAUUGCUUAUGCAUGACAUGCAGGCAUAUUAUGCUGGCAGUGAGUUUGAGCCUCUUACAGAAAGAUCUUGUGUCGCUUUCCACCCAGACAAUGGAAUGUGGUACAGAGCUCUUGUAAUUCACAAUUACAAAACCCCUCUAGUGGAUGUUCUUUUCGUUGACUACGGCCAGACAAAAGCUGUUUCUCUCCAUGAACUGAGAAGGAUUUGCCCAGAAUUCCUCCAGCUACAAGGCCAAGCAUUUAGGUGCAGCCUUUUCAACCCUCUUGAAGCCAUGUCUGUUGUAAAUGAGUGGAAUGAAGAGGCAAAAGAAACCUUUCACAACUUUGUGGAAACUGCUUCCACUAACAUAUUGCCAUUAAAGUGCACUGUAUAUGCUGUCAUGUACAAUGAACAAAAGAUAGUGUUCAACAGUGUGGACCUGGAAACUCCAUUUGAAAGCAUCUGCACCAUUUUGGCCAAUCUUGCCACAGUUGAACCUGCCAAGAAAGACCUUGGAUCAUCUUUUCGCCUGGACACAUAUUACUACUCUACACACAACAUCAAAACUGGAACCGAGGAACAGGUCACAGUCACGUGUGUGGUCAGCGUCAAUCAAUUCUACUGCCAACUUGAGAAGAAUGCUGAUGUGAUAAAGGACCUUAAGGUAAAGGUAAAUGACCUCUGUCAACAGCUUGCGUGUGUGAAGACCCCAACAGUAUUUGGAACAUUGUGCUUUGCAAAAUACACUGAUGGACUCUGGUACCGGGCACAGAUCAAAGCCACAAGACCUUCAGUCCUGGUUCAUUUUGUUGAUUACGGUGAAACGACUGAAGUGGCAAAAUCAGACUUGCUUCCAGUGCCUAAAGAGGCCUAUGACAUAAUGUCUGUACCUGUGCAAGCAGUAGUGUGCUGUCUCUCUGAUGUCCCUGCAGAUGUCCCCAGCGAGGUGAACGGCUGGUUUACAACAACUGCGACCGAAUGUAAAUUCCGUGCACUAGUGGUGGCCAAAAAACCCAAUGGUAACCUGCUUGUUGAACUGUAUCACAAAGAAAUCCAAAUCAAUUUGAAGCUUAAGAAGAUCUUUCAAAUAGAGACGCAGAUUGAAGGGAAAGUUCUCUAUGAGGGUCGGAGAGUAGAGACUCCCACUGCAAAUAAGGUAUCAAAAACAACUUUUUCCAAAGAAGCAAUGCCAGUACCUCCAAAAACCAUCCAGAAAUUAAUGAUUGAACCAAAACCAGCACGUCAAGUGAGAAGUGAGAUGCUAACUUCAAAACAGAGUUCGCAAAAUGGUCCGAGGCUUAAAGCCUCUUCAAAAGAAAUGUACUUGCCACCACACCAAAGACAGCACUAUGGUGGGCAAAUGAUUAAAAAACCAGGACAAGAACAUGUCAUAGUUGCAAACAACGCAAAACAUAGUGAUAGUACAUUACCCAGCAAAGAAUCUGACAAUGUGCUCCCACAAGCAAAAAAUCCUCGGCGCCCUAAACUUGAAGACAUUCCCAAAAACUCGCUACCAUCGGGUAUGGAGGCAGAUGUUUAUGUCUCCCAUUACAACAGCCCGUUAAGUUUUUACGUACAGCUUGUCCGAGAAGAAGACACCAUAUUCUCCCUGGUUGACAAGCUCAAUGACUCGCUGUCAACUCCUAAAAUCAGCCUCACAGAAGUGGCUGCAGGGGAAGUUGUUGAAGCCCAAUUUGCAGAUGAUUCCUUGUGGUAUCGCGCGGUUGUAAGAGAAGUGCUCUCCAACUCCAUGGCUGUUGUUGAGUUUAUUGAUUUUGGCAACACUGCACAAUUAUCUACAUCCCAGAUGGCCAAUCUAGAUCAGCAAUUUGUGCAGUUACCAAGGUACAGCACACAUUGCAUGCUCAGUGGUUGUGGAUCUCUUGAACUGCUUGAUGCAGAAGUAGUACAGACUUUAAAGAGAGAUAUGGGUUCCAAUGCAGAAAAGAAGCUGAAGUGUCAGUUUGUCCAACUGUCAGAUGAUGUGUGGGAAGUUACUCUAGUGGAUAACGGUGUGCAGAUUCGGUGUGAUGUUCCAUCAAGGUACCCUAAAAUCUCUCCAGACUUUGAACACGUGGUGGAAAAAACUGUUCAGAACCCAGAAACAUCACUAAAAUCACGUUCUCUAUAUUACCACCCCGUGAAUUUCAAAGUGGGACAACAGUUAGAGGUUUAUAUCUCGGCUGUAUAUGAUGCCCAGUCCUUUUGGUGUCAGUCUCUUGACUCGGUGGAGCUUGAUAAGCUAUUUGAAAGUCUCUCAGAAAUUGGAAACGCUGACCGUAAUGAACAUGUCACCAUUAGCACACUCUCACCUGGCACUCCAUGUGUUGCACUUUUUGCUGAAGACCAGCUUUGGUGCCGUGCAGAGGUGUUGAAUCGAAAUGGGAGGGAGCUGUCCGUUCUAUUUGUAGACUACGGAAACACAUCUCAAGUGUCCGACUCAGAUGUGAGGGAAAUCACAGAUGACCUUUUAACAACUCCCCCUCAGGCAUUUUUGUGCAAACUUGAAGGUUUUGAUAUGUGCCGUGGCUCUUGGUGUGAUGGUGCAGGAGAUGAAUUGUCUUCAAUCACGGCAGACAAAUUACUGCAGAUGACUAUCACAAAAAUAUCAAGCGAUGAUGGAAAGGACACAUGCUUUGUGCAGUUGGAAUGUGAAGGAGUAAUGAUAAAUGAAAAAAUGAAAACCUGGUGGGUCAGUUCCACACCGGACGACAAACAGAAUGUCGCUGAGUCCUCAUUUGAUGAUAGACAACAGUCAACUGAUUCCACAGAAAAAGUGUCCAAAGAUGAAGCUCCUGAACUUGAAGAAAUCGGUGCUAAUGGAGCUCGAACUGAGAGACAUGUCACUAAUGACCCGCUCAUGGCACUAACCUGUACUUCAGAGCACAUUGAAAACUCUUUCGAAGACACUUCAAUUAUUUCUACUGAGUCCCCACUUGAACAGAGACGUUUGUCAGGAAGCCAGAGCCCAAAUGAGCAUGUAAACGUGGUCCCAACUCCAGAGCGCAACAUUUUGUUCAAUGAUAUUGGAAUAGAAGAAAACAAACUUCUCUUACAAAUCAUUGCCGAAAAUGUGGGAGAAAGUGACAAGAACUAUGGUGAGGAAUCUACCUCAGUGAUGCAAACAAUUUGGCCAGGAGAAAUAACAUCUCCAGAUCAGAGCCUUCAAGUGGCCUCUGAUGAAUAUGGGGUCUCAACGUCCCAAAUUGAGGAUUGGGCACCCUUCAACAUGAGUGCCAGCUCUGAAGUCAUGAGUUAUUCUGUUGCACAAAAUAAAGCUAGCGAUGACUGCAACCUGGCCAAUUCAAGUCCAAUUACAAGUGGGAUGUCGGUGAAAGUGAACAUGACAACUAGUGACGAGACUUUGGAAGUUUCUAAGGAGAAUACAUAUUCAGAUGUUCCGGGCGACAGCAGACCUAUUUUCACAGAUGUGGAGAGGAAGCAUCGUGCUGAGGAGGCGAUACAUCUCACUGAGGAAGCGGUGCAUCGCACUGAGGAGGCAGUGCACCGCACUGAGGAGGCGGUACAUCGUACUAAGAGCACGGUGCAUCAAACUGCGGCGGCGGUGCAACAUACUGAGGAGGCGGUGCAACGUACUGAGGAGGCGGUGCAUCGUACUGAGGAGGCGGUGCAUCGUACAGAGGAGGCGGUACAUCCCACUGAGGAGGCGGUGCAUCUCACUGAGGAGGCGGUGCAUCCCACUGGGGAGGCGGGGCAUCCCACUGGGGAGGCGGGGCAUCCCACAGAGCAGGCGGUGCAUCCCACUGAGCAGGCGGUGCAUCUCACUGAGGAGGUGGUGCAUCCCCUUGAGGAGGUGGUGCAUCCAACUGAGGAGGUGGUGCAUCCCACUGAGCAGGUGGUGCAUCGUACUGAGAAGGCGACGCAUCGCGUUGAGGAGGCGACGCAUCGUGCUGAGGAGGCGGGUCACCCGACAAAGAAGGCGGUGCGCCCUACUGAGGAGGCGGUGCACCCUACUGAGGAGGCGAUGCACCGUACUGAUGAGGCGAUGCAUCGUACUGAGGAGGCGAUAAAUCCCACCGAGGGGGCGACACUGACAGAUUCCUGUGGUGUAAGUGAUGAAGGUGCAACGAUUGAUGGAAAUUAUUGCUGCAUCGGCGUGGCAGAGGAGGAAAGGGAUUGCAGCAGCAGAAUGACCAUGGAACUUUUUUCCUCUGCAGAUGACGGCUCGGACGCUUGCCUGUCAAACAUCAUCCAUUUGUCUCUGGUCGUCAACGAAGGAUGCGAAGACGGCAGGCGCUGAACAAGAUGGAUGUUUGUCUGCGUUCAAGUUAAGUCCAAACACGUGUUGAGUUUGUCCUCGUAUUGUUAUAUUGUUCAGCAUCUCGAUAAAAGGGUGUAGUGUCGCAAACACUUAAUAUCUUCAAACUUUGCUAUGAUUCGUUUGUUAAAUAUCAAAAAAGACCAUUUUUGGUGUCAUUCUGGAGUUUUUCGUGCACUUUUGGUUUAUUGUGUCACAGUAAAGGUUGUUACAAAUCUGCUCGCAUUGAACGCCUCCUUUAUUAGCGCGUAGAAAAAAAACAAAUGUGGGAAUGAAGGCAAAUAACUACAUUCUGAGUUGGCUUACAUUUUCAACUGAGUCUUUGAUCCAGGAGCUAACGUCAGUCACAGAAGUACAAUACUACAUCACAAUCAUAUCAGAAAUUGAUGGUAAUAAUCACAAUUAAAUAAGUUUAAACCAGGGGUGCCCAAACGUUUUCCAUUGAAGGCUACAGACUGACAAAUCAAGAUAUGCGGAAGCCAUUUUGAUUCUUUUCACCUUCAAAGAAGAAGAAAAUGCUAAUUUGGUAAAAAAAUUUGCAUAGAUGCUGAAAAACUACAUCUGAACAAAAAUGCUAACAAGUAGCCUGCUGGCCAGAUGGCAUCAUGUAACAUAAAAUAUAUGCUAAAAAAGACAGCAUGCUCACAGUAUUAUGCUAAUGUUUACAGUUAACAUUAGUGAAAUACCAAAAUAUAUGAAAUUAAAGUAUAUGCCUGUUAAAUUAGCCACAAAAGCGAGCACACUUAUUUUCGCAUGCUAAAAUGCCAACUGUAACAUGCAUUAUGUACCAAAAUGUAUUACUCUGAAAAGCCCUUUGAGACACUUGUGAUUUAGGGCUAAAUAAAUAAACAUUGAUUGAUUGAUUGAAGGGCUUCACGGUGGCAGAGGGGGUAGUGCGUCUGCCUCACAAUACGAAGGUCCUGCAGUCCUGGGUUCAAAUCCAGGCUCUGGAUCUUUCUGUGUGGAGUUUGCAUGUUCUCCCCGUGAAUGCGUGGGUUCCCUCCGGGUACUCCGGCUUCCUCCCACUUCCAAAGACAUGCACCUGGGGAUAGGUUGAUUGGCAACACUAAAUUGGCCCUAGUGUGUGAAUGUGAGUGUGAAUGUUGUCUGUCUAUCUGUGUUGGCCCUGUGAUGAGGUGGCGACUUGUCCAGGGUGUACCCUGCCUUCCGCCCGAUUGUAGCUGAGAUAGGCGCCAGCGCCCCCCGCGACCCCGAAAGGGAAUAAGCGGUAGUAAAUGGAUGGAUGGAUGGAUGAUUGAUUGAAAAAUGUGUUUAAGAUGCUAGCAUGCUAACAUUAGCAUUUAUCAAGUACCAAAAUAUGACUGAAGUAUGUGACUACAAAACAAGCUAAAAAAAAAAAAGCUAGCAUACUAACGUUGUAUUGCCAACAGGAAUUAGGGCUGUGACUCUUUGGGUGUCCCACGAUUCGAUUCAAUAUCGAUUCUUGGAGUCACGAUUCGAUAAUAUAUAGAUUUUUUCGAUUCGAUUUGAUUCUCGAUUCAAAAACGAUAUUUUUCUGAUUCAAAAGGAUUCUGUAUUCAUUCAAUACAUAGGAUUUCAGCAGGAUAUACCCCAGUCUGCUGACAUGCUAGCAGAGUAGUAGAUUUUUUUUUUUU